AUGGCAGAGCUCCAAGAUACCCGGAAUGGCCUCCGUGGUCUGUAUCAGGAUCUCUCGGCUCUUUCGAACUCUCAACUCCCCAACGUCGAUCGCUUGUGUUUCGAAUUGGAGACCCAUAUUCAAGACUUCCGCAAACUCCUAGACAAGCCAGCAAAGAACAAUGCCAGCCGCCAAGCUGUUCUCUCAGGGAAGAUCACUGUUGCCGACGUCGAAUACUCGGUGAACCAGGAUUUCCAACAAGGCGCACUGCAACUUGCAGAUGCGCUCAACAUCGAUGAACUCGAGGCAGCAGUUAUGUUUCUGACCGCUCAGGAAAAUUCACAAGUGUUGGACAGGCCCCCGUUGAUCGCUGCGAUAAUAAGCUUCCACGAGCGUCGCCUUUUUACCCUCGAGUGUCUACGUCUCAUCUUCCGAGAAUCGCGCGAAAUUGAACAUGAAGCGACCCACCCUAUCAUGCACGAAACACUGGCCCACGUUCUGGAAAUUAAAAACAGCCCUUUGCGGAAUGCCUCCCUCUUCGCGCGGAAAGCCUUGAGUUCUAUGGCCGACAUCCAGAAAUGGCUGUCGCUUCUUGGAGAUCAAGUUCAAAAGGCCUCAGUCGUUGGCCAGGAAAAUGACCGCGAUAUCAUGGAAGCCAUUGAAUUCCAACGCACAAGUCUGCAACAGCAGCAUGAGUCACUCGGAGCGAUCCUAUUCUAUAUGUUCAAGGGGACAUACACAAGCUGCGAAGACUUCCGCAUACUUCACGGUUCUCCCGAGGGCUCUGGAUCUGAGAAAGAGGCACGAGACCUGCAUAAAUUAAUCACUACAUCCAAGGAUGGCCAAGGCUGGAAGCUAUCAAAUUUCCACGCUGCCCUUGUUGCUCUGUGGCUGUCAGUCUACAGUGGAUGGUACUUUGAUGGUCUUCCAUCUCCAUCAGUCGACGCAGAGAAAGAAUCCGAAGAGCGUACGAAGCUGUUCAUGUCUUCUCUCGACGAUGGCGCCCUUGAUUUUAUGCUCGCAAUCUGCUCCAGUGUCAACACCGAGGAAUGGGCGGACCCCGCGCGGAGCGAAUUAGUGACAUUACUGCUCAGGGAAAGUGUGGUAUCAUUGCCUGAUCCCGAACCAUGCUCUAGCUUUAUGAAGGAGCUUUUAAUGGAAAACCUUGAGGUUUUCGUGGAAUCAUGCGUUGCAAAUAUGCCCGACGCGGUGCGACGACUGAAGUCGGAGGAGGACUCACAACGACUAGACCAGAUCACCGCACUCAGAGAUGGCCUCACCUCUAACCUCCACCGUGGCUUGGUAGAGGUGCGGACUCACCUUGAAUCCCUUCUUAUGAUCAUUUCAUUUGCAUUUGAGCACCGACAAGAAGCCGCCCAAGAGUUUUGGGCUGAUCCUGAUGGGAAUCUCUAUGGCUUCCUUCAGUGGGCGUCUAAACGACAGACUGUUCCUCGGGUCAGUGCUUUUUGCGAAAUGCUGUGUUCGAUAUCCGAAGGAGAAGAAAAUGCAGCUGCGGCACAUCGAUUUCUGUCGGAGGAAGAUAAGUUUAUGUCUUCCAAGUUCAAGCGAUCCACAACCAUGAACUGGUCGCAAAUGUUCGCUGAACUGAAGCUUUACGCGUCUCGGGUCACUGAGAAGCCUUCCACUACUACAAGCCCCCAAGGGGCGCCAGGGAUCUUUCGUCCACGGAAACCAGAGCCCGUGGAAAUGAACGAGCCUGAAAGCCCAGUGAUGCUGACAUGUUACCUUCGGCUGAUAGGCCACUUGUGUAAGCAGAGUCGACCUAUCCGAGAGUGGAUGCUGCAAAAUGAAUCCUUCAAUGUAGUUAGCACACUGCUAGACCUGUGCAGUGGGCCGAUUCCAUCGCAUCUUCGAGCAACUACCUUUUUAACUCUCUCAGCAUUGAUGACUGACAAAUGCUCCCCCGUUGGAAAGGAAACGUGGGCCCGUCUCGAUGGGUGGCUAUCGGGAGGAACAGGUGCGUCCGGAAUUGGCAAAGUUCCUUUGGUUUCCAACCCUGCCGUUUGGCACCAGCAACAAGCCUUGCAAAAGAUCGGGGAGAGCUUUGACCAGACGAAUGCAUUUGUUGUUCUUAUCAAUGCACUUACUGCUCCUUCGUCCGACUCAAUUGACGACCCAAUGUCGUUGCCUUUCCCGGAGACCCUAGGUGGAACUUAUCGCAUGUCCGGGAUUGAGCCUUACAUCGAUUUCAUCUUGGGGCAUGCCUUUUCGCGGAAGAUUCAAGAGCUUAAUGAAUAUCAGUCCCGCCUGUUGAACUUCAACUGUCUAGACUUCGUUGUGGCAAGCUUAAAAUCCUUCAAUGAAGACCUAGUGUUACUUCUGAGUCAGCCAUCCAUGUCCGAUUCCCCGACGCAGACUUCAUCGCUGCUCACCUACGUUCGUUUGCACCCGUUUGCACGCGUGGUAGACUGGCUUUUUAACGAAGAUGUACUCAAAUCUUUGUUUGCAACGUCUAAACAAGACGUUUCGGACGUUGCUACCGCGUCGCCCGACUCUGUUCUGGUUCUAACUUUGCACCGGAGUCUGGAGGUUAUGAACUUACUCGUGGACCUGCAAUCGACAUACUUUAACAUUGUCAAACCUCUGGUGCAUUCCCAGCCCGUACCUUCCCGGACCAUCGUGGCAAACUCCUCGCUAGCUUCAUUUGAGGACACCGUGCUGAACAAUCUGACACUCAUCCCGUCACUCUGUCUCUAUUGCGGCACAGCGCAUGAACAACUCACCGUCAUUUCCAUGGCUUUGCUGGAAAAGCUUACUAGUUCCAGAAAGCUCAACAAGAUGACUUCGCCAGAACUCGUCAAGUGGCAAUCUUCGAACAAGAUUGUAGAGGUGCUUGCAUCCGAGGUCGAUGUGGACAGCAUAUCGCUGCCUCUUGUGUUACAAAUGGAACCAGAUAUUAGAGAGCUUGAUUUCGGCCCGAAUGCUGCUGGCUAUGUCAUUCGGGAAAGCCUUCUUGCUCUGUUGAACACCUGCCUGGGAACGAUCACAGACCGCCCAACGGUAGCCCAUCUGCUGCUGGGCUUCGACUGCGUGGGCAACAUCCUCGAUGUGUCAUCGGAAGGGCUAUUCGCGAAUCAAAGUUCCUUGCUGCAUGCCAUUGUGAAUUUCCUGAAGGCUUAUCCGGAGAUCCUCGAUGGUGGCAUUAUAUCUUGGGUAGUGCACCUCAAACGUAUGGCUUUUGAAGUGCUGAAGCAUCUAUGGUCAUCGAAGCUGGCAAGUUACUACACCCUUGGUGAAAUGCGUGCUCAGGCAUUCCUGCGUGAGAUGUUUGCCUACCAACCGAUCAUUGGCCCGAGCACUGCCUGGAAUGGAUUCCCCAUUGAUUCAGAUGAAUUUUGGCUCACAGACGCUGCCACUGCCUUAGCAGAAUUCCUGCUUUACCGGAGUCAUCUCUUCACAUAUGCCGCAACCGAGGUUCGCUCGACAGCAAAGGCUAGAUCACCAGCUCUACAUGCCCAAAUUCUUUCAGUGUUGCUUGGAAAUACGCUUGCGGAUAACGGUGAACCGUUAUCUAGUCCUUCCGUGUUCGAUCUUUUCGAUUUCGCAGACCUUGAUGUUGGGCGCGAGUUCAACAUGCCCCAGCUUUACUUGCUCGGUGAUGUUGCUCUCCAAUUAGAAAGCAAGCGGGAGGAGGGCGUGUACAGUAUGGAAGGGGUAGAGGAGAUGAUACAAAUGCGGAAAGCAGAACUCACGGCCAAUGGACCGCUCCGCCCACAUGAUGAGGAGCAGUUGCUAGCUGAGGCUAAUGACCUGAAGUUGUUCAUCCUUGCAACGAAGCAAAACAGCCUGAUUCAAAUCAAUCGCUAUCACGCCCUCCGUUCAUGGGUAGAGCUCGUUGCUACGAUGAUCACUUGCUCUUCUAUCGACGAAGGAAGCAGGCCGGCUUUCAUUCUACAUUCAAUCCAAUUGAUUCUACCUAAGCUCACAACGGCAAUCGAGGCGGAUCUUCCCGAAGCACUUGAACUGGCACGACUGGCUGAAUUGUUGAUCGGUAGACUUGCGUCCGAGCCAUCUGCAACAGAUGCGUCUCGAAGCGGGGAUGUCAUCGACGAAAAGCUCCACCAGCUCUUUCAACUCUGCAUCCGGGGUACCAACCUGGCGACAGGAAAUGUGUUGUUGAGGGAAACGCUUUACAGUAUUUGUUCCCACUACAUAACACGCAUCACAUCGUCGGACAAGGGCCAUGAAAACCUACGACGUCUUAGCCAACAUGUCAUCAAAGCAGCCGGUUCUAGCCUGAUUGAGACUAUGUGCGAUGACGCAUAUACUGGUCAAGAGUCGUGCCGUGCAUCCGCUCUUGUGCUAUUGAACAGUUUAGCUGUUCUGGAUCGCCAAACUGACUGUGUUUUGGCUGAGUUCAUCUCGAGGUCGAACUAUUUGAGUCUAUUCCUGGAUGCCUUGCGUUCUCUUCCCCUCGAACUUCACAAUGCUCAGGGAAGCGACACCCCGGCACUACUGGCAUACUAUGAGUCGCUUUUAUCAUUACUUCAGCGGCUGUCUCAAACUAAGGGUGGAGCAAAUUGUGUGCUCAACUCUGGUCUUUUCCAAGCCGUGCACGAAUCACGACUUUUCGCUGCCGAUCCAGACAUCGGCAUUGACAUUGAAAAUCCCGACGCCCUCCAGAGGUAUUACGAUCUUCUCCUUUCAGUCCUUCAGGUCAUCGUGUAUGCGGUUUUCUCUCGAGGUAUCCACAACGAACAAAUUAAAGAGCAGACCCGCAUUUUUUUGGCUGAAAAUCGGCCAUGCAUGGUGGGUAUCUUCAAACGAUCUGCCAAGAUCGGAAAUACAUCAACCGCCCACCACGAGACUCUAUGUGAAUUAGUUAAGACUUUCAUGGCUCUUGUUACUGCCACAGAUUUCAUAGAGUUCGAGGACCAGGAAGUCCAACAUAUCGCCCGACCAGCGUUGUUCUCAUGA